AUGGCACUUCUAUAUAACAAGGGAUGCAAAAAAUCUAAUAACAACCUUAGUAACUGUGAUAUGCAUUUAUGUCCUAUAUAUGGAGGUAUAUACCAAACUAUACAUUGUAGUCCUGCUUUCAUUCCAGCUGAUGUAAGGUAUCUUCCAAGUGACCUUUCAAAAAAUGAAUUUCUACUUGAAAAUUUUAACUCUGAAGGAGAUAAUUAUAAGGUAACUGUUCUUUCAGAAAAUGAGUCAGAAAAUAUUGUUUUUCUACUUGAAUAUAUUUCAGAUAAUUUAUUAUAUUUUAGAAGAGUAUAUUUAUGUCGUCUUAAAACACUAGAACAAAAAGUAACAUUGUGUGCUCUCGUUAAUGAUGAUUUAUUAGAAAAUACUAUUACGUUUAAUUCUUUUGACGUUAUUGAUAGAAAAAAUGAAAGAAGUCUAGUUAAAUUAAAAAGUUUGAAAAAUCCAAAACAUGAAACACUUAUGUUAGAUUAUAAAGAUAUAUAUUUUAGUAAGGAUGCCUGCUAUGUAACGGAAUUGGGUUUAGGAUCUUUAUAUGAUUAUGUUUGCAGAUAUUCCAUAUGUGAAAAGCAUCAUAAGGAUCAUAUGACAUGCAAAGAUGCUAAAUUUAAUGGAAAAGUGAUUCAUUUAGGGAAUCAUUCAAUUAUUAACCAAGAUAAAGAACAAGUAAUAUAUCUUCCAGAUAGUUGUUUAAAGCACAAAUUGAAAUUUGAAUGUACUCCUUAUUUUUGUGAAUAUAGUAAUAUGAAUGAAUUAAAACAAUGCAAAGGUUUAGAAAUUAGUGCUGUUAAAAAUGUAAUACCAAAACAUGAAGGAAGGGAUAUAACAGGGACAAAUUCUAAAUAUAUGAUUCAUAAAAGUAAUAAAGAUAUGUCCAUUUUGGCAGCAUCCUUUAUUCCAUUUUUAAUUCUUGUAAUUUUCAUUGCUUGUUACAUUUAUAGAGCUUAUAGAAGGAAUAGAAAAAGAGGAUUGAAAAAAAGAGACAAAGAACCAUAA